AUGGCCGUCUGCAACGUCGUGGAGACACACGGAGGAACGGGAAACCGUUUGCGAAGGCUGGAGACUCAGUGCGUGGCUGCGGCCCGGAUGUCGGCGACCAGGAGGCUGCGGGCCCGGAUGUCGGCGACCACGAGGCUGAGGGGCCCGGAUGUCGGCGACCACGUGGCAGCGGGGCCCCGGAUGUCGGCGACCAGGAGGCUGCGGGCCCGGAUGUCUGCGACCACCAGGCUGCGGGCCCCGGAUGUCGGCGACCACGUGGCAGCGGGGCCCCGGAUGUCGGCGACCACGUGGCAGCGGGGCCCCGGAUGUCGGCGACCACCUGGCAGCGGGGCCCCGGAUGUCGGCGACCACGAGGCUGCGGGGCCCCUGGGUGUCGGCGACCACGUGGCUGCGGGGCCGUGGGUGUCGGGGCAGUUCUGCGACUACUGCAACUCCCAGGACCCUAGGAAAGCCCAUCCAGUCACCAACGCCAUCGACGGGUCGGAGCGCUGGUGGCAAAGCCCCCCCCUCUCCUCAGGCACGCGGUACAACCAGGUCAACGUCACCUUGGAUCUGGGGCAGCUCUUCCAUGUGGCCUAUGUUUUAAUCAAAUUUGCCAAUUCUCCUCGCCCUGACCUCUGGGUCUUGGAGAGAUCGGUGGACUUUGGGAGCACCUACUCACCUUGGCAAUAUUUUGCUCAUUCUAAAGCAGACUGUUGGCAACAAUUUGGGCGGGCGGCCAACACGGCCAUCACCCGAGAUGAUGACGUGCUCUGCACCACGGACUACUCCCGGAUCGUGCCUUUGGAAAAUGGCGAGGUUGUGGUGUCCUUGAUAAACGGUCGUCCAGGUGCAAGAAACUUCACUUUCUCCAACACCCUGCGGGAGUUCACCCAGGCAACAAACAUCCGCUUGCGCUUUCUCCGAACCAACACACUCCUGGGACACCUCAUCUCCAAAGCACAGCGGGACCCCACCGUCACCAGGCGGUAUUAUUACAGCAUCAAGGACAUCAGCGUUGGCGGGCGCUGUGCGUGCAACGGCCACGCCGACGUGUGCAGUGCAGACAACCCUGAAAAAGUGUUCCGGUGUGAAUGCCGCCACCACACCUGCGGGGAGACCUGUGACCGCUGCUGUGCCGGGCACCACCAGAGGCGCUGGCAGCUGGCCACGUGGCACAGCCACGAGUGCGAAGCCUGCAACUGCCAUGGCCACGCCACCGACUGCUUCUACGACCCGGACGUGGAGCGGCAGCAGGCAAGCCUGGACAUCCGCGGCGUCUACGCAGGUGGAGGGGUCUGCAUCAACUGUCAGCACAACACGGCGGGCAUAAACUGCGAGCAGUGCGCCAAGGGCUAUUUCCGCCCCCACGGCGUGCCGGUGGAGGCCCCCCACGGCUGCAUCCCUUGCAGCUGCAGCCCUGAGCACGCGGAUGGCUGUGAGCCGGGCUCGGGCCGCUGUGCCUGCCGGCCCAACUUCCACGGCGACCACUGCGAGGAGUGCGCCCCCGGCUACCACAACUUCCCACUCUGCUCCCGGAUUCCUGUUUUCCCUGUUUCUGCUCCAAGUCCAGAAGACCCAGUAGCUGGAGACAUAAAAGGCUGUGACUGUGACUUCGAAGGAGUGCUCCCCGAAAUCUGUGAUGCCCACGGGAGGUGCCUGUGCCGCCCGGGGGUCGAGGGCCCCCGGUGUGCCGCCUGCCGCCAGGGUUUCUACUCGUUCCCCAUCUGCCAAGCCUGCCAGUGCUCCGCCCUCGGCUCCUACCCGACACCCUGCAGCCCAGUGACAGGCCAGUGCGCGUGCCGCCCGGGGAUCGCAGGACGGCGCUGUGACCGGUGUCUCUCGGGCGCCCCUGACUUCCCCCACUGCUCAGAAUGCCGGUGCCACGUGGCGGGGACGGUGAGCGGAAUUGGAGAGUGUGGGCAGCGCGACGGGGACUGUCACUGCAAGCCCCACGUCGGGGGCGAUUCCUGCGACACGUGUGACGACGGAUAUUUCGCUCUGGAGAAGGGCAGUUACUUCGGGUGUCAAGGGUGUCGGUGUGACGUGGGUGGGGCCGUCACCCCCGUGUGCAGCGGGCCCGCCGGGGUGUGUGUGUGCCGGGAACACAUCGUGGGGAAGGCGUGCCAGCGACCUGAGGACAACCACUACUUCGCAGACUUGCAUCACAUGAAGUACGAGCUCGAAGACGGCACCACCCCCAGCGGGAGGGACCUGCGCUUCGGGUUUGACCCCCUGGAGUUCCCCGGGUUCAGCUGGAGAGGAUACGCCCAGAUGACCCCCCUCCAGAACGAGGUGAGGGUCCUGCUGAACGUGGGGCGGUCGAGCGGCUCUCAGUUCCGUGUUGUUCUGCGAUGUGUGAACCCUGGAGCGGAGGCGGUAGCCGGCCUUGUGACUCUUCAUCCGUCCGGGGCGGAGGCAGAUGCUGCUCAGAGCAGAGGGGUCGUCUUCCUGCCCAACACGGAGCCAGCCUUCAUCUCCGUCCCCGGAAGCGGUCUGGCCGACGCGUUCUCACUGGCACCGGGGAUGUGGGUGGCCUGCAUCAAGGCAGAGGGGGUCCUCCUGGACUACCUGGUGCUGCUCCCCAGGGACUACUACGCGGCCCCCUCGCUGCAGCUGCCCGUCACGGAGCCCUGUGCACUCGCGGGCCCUCCCCACGAGAACUGCCUGCUUUACCAGCAGUUGCCACUGGCCCACUUCCCCUGCUCCCUGGGUUGUGAGGCCACACACUUCCUGCUGGAUGGACAGCCAAGACCCGUGGCCCUGAGGCAGCCCAGCCCCGCUCACCCCGUCAUGGCAGACCUCGGCGGCCGAGAGGUGGAACUGCACCUGCCGCUGUGGGUCCCGUGGGCCGGCCGCUACGUGGUCGUGGUCGAGUAUUCCACGGAGGCAGAGCAGAUGUCUGUGGCCGACGUGCAUGUGGGGAGCCCGGGGCCGGGCCUGGCUGGCCAGGUGACCAUCUACAGCUGCCAGCACAGCGUCCUGUGCCGGAGCGCCCUGACCGACAGCCGGGGCCGCCUGGCCACCUACGAGCUGCUUGCUGACACGGACGUCUGGCUCAGAGUCCGCAGCGCCCGGCUCCUCCUGCAUCAGAUUUGUAUCAUUCCCAUCGAAGAAUUCUCAACGGAAUAUUUGAAACCUCAAGUGAGAUGCAUCGCCAGUUAUGGGCCAUUUGCGAACCAAAGGGCCACGUGCCUCUCCGUGUCCCCCGAAACUCCUCCAGCAGCACUGAUUUUGGAUGCUCCACCCGGGGGGCCUCCCCCUCUCCCGCCCCAGGAUCCUUCUCCUUCCACUGAUGUGGUUACUGGCAUCACCGUGGAGGCACCGCAGAAAGAAAUGCAGAUUCAUAAGCCCCAUCUCAGAGCUACGGACUUCGAGUCUCUGGAAGGAUCUAGCCAAGUGACCCUGAGAGGACGCGUGCCACGCCCCGGCCGCUACAUCAUCGUCAUCCACUUCUCCCAGCCAGCACACCCGGCGUUCCCCGCGGAGGUGUCUGUGGACGGAGGGCGGCGCUGGCCAGGUGUCUUCCGUGCCUCCUUCUGUCCCCAUGUGCUGGGCUGCCAGGACCAGGCCAUCGCCGGAGACCAGGCUGAGUUUGCCGUCUGGGAGCCGGAGGUGGCUGUGACUGUGAAGGUUCCGGAAGGAAAGUCCUUAGUGCUGGUCCGCAUCCUCCUGGUGCCCGCGGAGAACCACGCCUACCAGAUCCUCCACCGGCAGUCGGUGGACAAGUCCCGCGAGUUCGUCGCCAACUGUGGAGGGAACAGCUUUUAUAUUGACCCCCAGACGGCCUCCGGGUUCUGUAAGGACUCCGCCAGGUCCCUGGCGGCGCUCUACCAUGAGGGCGCGCUGCCCUGUGAGUGCCACCCCGCCGGUGCUGCUCGUCCUCACUGCAGCCCCGAGGGCGGCCAAUGCCCUUGCCGGCCCGGCGUCAUCGGUCGGCAGUGCACCCGCUGUCAAACGGGCUACUACGGAUUCCCACACUGCAAACCGUGCAGCUGCGGCUGGCGCCCCUGCGAGGAGACGACGGGGCGGUGCCUCUGCCCUCCGCACACGGCCGGGCCCCAGUGCCAGGUCUGCGACGCCCACUCCUUUGGCUUCCACCCCCGGGCGGGCUGCCAGCCCUGCAACUGCUCCAGCGCGGGCACGGCAGUCACGGUGGGCACCCCUGAGUGCCACCUGGACCACGGGCAGUGCAGGUGCAGGCCCAGAAUCUCAGGACGGCGUUGCGACCAAUGCGCUCCUGGGUUUCACCGCUUCCCCGAGUGCAUCCCUUGCCGCUGCAGCAGAGACGGGACAGAGCCCGGAGUCUGCGACCCGGAGACCGGGGCCUGCCUCUGCAAGGAGAAUGUGGACGGUGCCGAGUGCGACGUGUGUCGAGAAGGCUCCUUCCACUUGGACCCGGCGAACCCCCAGGGCUGCACCAGCUGCUUUUGCUUUGGGAUCAGCCGUCACUGCCACAGCACCCACAGACGGAGAGCGAAGGUGUGCGGGAGCGCGUCGGCCUGUUUCAGGGAGAACAUCCGAUUUGUGGACAUGAUGGGCUGGCGCCUGGAGACGGCGGACAGGGCCCAGAUCCCCGUCUCCUUCAACCCCGGCAGCGGCAGUGUGGUCGCCGACCUCCAGGAGCUGCCCUCCACCGUGCACAGCGCCACCUGGGUCGCACCUCCCUCCUACCUGGGGGACAAGGUCUCCUCCUACGGCGGCUUCCUCACCUACCAAGUCAAGUCCUUCGGGCUCCCAGCCGACAUGGCCCUUCUGGGGAAGCAGCCCGCCCUGCAGCUCACUGGUCAGCGCAUGUCCGUCGUCCACGAGGAGCCGAGUGACCCGCGCCCGGACAAGCUGCAUCACGGGCGGGUGCAGCUGGUGGAGGGAAGCUUCCGGCACGCGGGGAGCGGCGCCCUGGUGACGCGGGCGGAGCUGAUGGUGGUGCUGUCGGGGCUGGAGGAGAUGCGCCUUCGCGGCCUGUACUUCAGCGAGACGCAGCGGCUCAGCCUGAGCGGGGUGGGGCUGGAGGAGGCCUCGGACACAGGGAGCGGGCGCCGCGCGCACACGGUGGAGAUGUGUGCCUGCCCCCCUGAGUACACGGGUGACUCGUGCCAGGUAUUAAGUGGAAAGAAAUCCCAGCGUCUCGGAACCCACUGGAGAGCUGAGGAGCCCGUGGAUCCGGGGUCACAUCAGAGCUUCCCGGAGGCUGGAAGGAGCCCCAGGCGCACCCCAGUAUCCGAGCUGCUGCUUCCCUGGUACCGACCCGGGUUCGUGCUUCUCUCUAACCCAGGGCUCCCUCCAUCACCACCCUGCAGAGUUAAGUCCAAGUACAUCCCAAUCCUUCGUGGGGACAUCAAAGUCCCCUUUUCCCACUCGCAGCAGGUCCUCGCUUGA